CACUUUGAGUUUGACAGGAGCCCAGGCACCUCCACCCUAAGAGGAUCUUUGACGUCAGGGUGGCACAACCCUUCUUUCCCCAGCACAGCGGGCAGAUCGGGCAGAUCACAACAAGCAGCCCAGCCAGUCCACACCAGCUUCUGUGUCCCCGUUCAUCUUAAAUAAGGGCACACUGGGUACCGUGGGCUGCCUCCCUCCUGCAGGAAGCAGGAUGCAAGAGGAACAUAACUGGUGGAGGAGCUUCUUCAUCCCACUGAGUGAGGGAACUUACAAGGAUAAAUACCAUCUCAGCCGUAUUAUCAGGGACAUCAUAAUCAUUAUAAUUUUAAUCAGACCCUCAACGGACCGCUUGUUGCCUUACGUAAGGCUAUUUCAGGACGCCACCUUCUUUUACUGUUCAAGAAAGAAGUGUCUCUGUCAUACACAGGGGGAAAUGCUCUUUUGGGUGUUAGCCCUCCUGAUCCUUUGUGGUUUUCUAUGGCAUUAUAAAGGACAGCUAAAGAUCACAGACAUCACUGAUAAGUACAUUUUCAUCACCGGGUGUGACACUGGCUUUGGAAACUUGGCAGCCAGAACUUUUGAUAAAAAAGGAUUUCAUGUAAUUGCUGCCUGUCUGACUGAAUCAGGAUCAACAGCUUUAAAGGAAGAAACCUCAGAAAGGCUUCAUACGGUGCUUCUGGAUGUAACUGACCCAGAAAGUGUCAAGAGGACUGCCCAGUGGGUGAAAAACCAAGCAGGGGAGAAAGGUCUCUGGGGUCUGAUCAACAAUGCUGGUGUUCUCGGCGUGCUGGCGCCCACCGACUGGCUGACAGUGGAGGACUACAGAGAACCUAUUGAAGUGAACCUGUUUGGACUCAUCAGUGUCACGUUAAAUAUGCUUCCCUUGGUCAAGAAAGCUCGAGGGAGGGUUAUCAACGUCUCCAGCAUUGGGGGUCGGCUUGCAUUCAGCGGAGGGGGCUACGCUCCAUCCAAAUAUGCAGUAGAAGCCUUCAAUGACAGCUUAAGGCGGGACAUGAAAGCUUUUGAUGUGCACGUCGCAUGCAUUGAACCAGGAUUGUUCAAAACAGAUCUGUCAGAUCCAGUAAAGACCACCGAAAGAAAACUCACCAUUUGGAAGCAUCUGUCUCCAGAUAUCAAACAACAAUACGGAGAAGGCUACAUCGAAAAAAGUCUAGACAAACUGAAAGGCACUACAUCCCUUGUGAACACGGACCUCUCCCUGGUGGUGGAAUGCAUGGACCACGCUCUCACAAGUCUCUUCCCUAAAACCCAUUAUGCUGCUGGAAAAGAUGCCAAAAUUUUCUGGAUUCCUCUGUCUCACAUGCCAGCAGUUUUGCAAGACUUUUUACUGUUGAAACAGAAAGUAGAGCUGGCUAAUCCCAAGGCAGUGGGACUCAGCUGACCACAAACGCCUGCCCCAGGCUAUGAGACUGGCUGAUUCCAAGGACACAUCUCCUUCUCCAUCUCAUUCUUUACCGAAUCCAACCUGGACUCAUUUAGAUGAUGCUUCUUUUGGUAAAAGAAGAGAUCCCACCGUCACUGAUGAUGUCCCAGGGUCCCUUUUCAAACUUUAUUUGAAAAGAUGGGCAGGUAUGACACCUGCCCGACAUUUAGGCUUUGCCUGCUUGGUAUGAUGUAAGGAAAAUGGGAAGGCUUUCCCAUCCAAAAUGAUCUCCACGCCUUGCCUGCCCCAUGCUUCUAGUCCACAGCACUUAAAAGUAAUCCCUGAAUGUUAAAUAUUUGUCCCUUAUCAAAACAUUGAGAGAUAAGU